UUCAGUGAUUCUAAACCAAGCCUGCCUCCUAUUCGGGUCCGUCCAGCCGGCGCUCCCGCUCGAUGACCACACGAACACACGCCUCAUCCGGCCCUGCAACCCAGCCGCCUCGCCCAAACCGAACUCCAGACUCCGCUAGCACUCCACCGACGAGCUCAGAUCAGAAUCGCUUCUCCUCUCCUCGCGAAGCCGCAGGGAACGGAGCGCGUCGGGGUCGGGAUGGACGGCGGCGAGUGCAAGUGCAACGACUACGGCGCCGCCGCCUACUGGGACGCCCGCUACACCUCCUCCGGCUCCCCCGCUUCGGGCGGGGGCGCCGGGUUCUUCGACUGGUACCAGACGUACCCGGCGCUGCGGCCGCUCCUCCGCGCCCGCGUCCCCGCCUUCUCCCGCGUCCUCAUGGUCGGAUGUGGCAACUCCCUUUUGUCCGAGGACAUGGUGAAGGACGGAUACGAGGACAUAGUAAACAUAGACAUUUCAUCUGUGGUCAUCGAGCAGAUGAGAGAGAAACAUUCGGACAUUCCACAGCUAACAUAUAUGCAGAUGGAUGUUAGGGAUAUGAGUUUCUUUGGUGAUGAAUCCUUCGAUUGUGUCCUUGAUAAAGGAACCCUGGAUGCUAUGAUGUGUGCUGAUGAUGCUCCCCAUGGUGCUUCCAAAAUGCUAGCAGAAGUGGCAAGGCUUAUUAGGCCUCGUGGAAUCUACUUGUUGAUAACAUAUGGUGCUCCUAAGGAACGAGUGCCACUUUUGAACCAGACCGGAUGCAGCUGGAAUAUUGCAUUGUACAUUAUGCCCACACCUGGAUACCAGUCAAAAAUGAGCAAAGGUGAUCCACAGCCUACCAUGGAGGAAGUUACACUCACAGAGGAUGGUCAGCUACCACCUGACUAUGUUCUUAAAGACCUAGAGUCGCAUUUCAUAUAUGUUUGUCACAAGUUGAAUGCAGCGGACAGGGCUAAUACCAUAGAUACUGAUCCAGAGGAAACCAUAAAUGCAAAAUAAUUUUUUUUCAUCCUUUAAGUUUCAUUUUAUUCUAUGCUGGUGGAGUUCAUGAUCAGUGUACUAGCAUAGCUGGUGCUCUAAUUUGUGUCAUCUGUUACCCUUGGUAUGAAAAAUACAUUACGCCCAUUCCAUG